CCUUAUAGUUUUUGAAUUUUGACUUUUGACAUAAUCAAUUAUCAAUUUUUGAUUUUCAAUCAAAAUUUUUGAUCAAAAACAAUUUUGAGGGGUACUGAAAAAGUCACAUAAAAAUAGAAAUUAUAAUAUACUUGAUCGAUUAACAUUUAUUUUUCUUCUGGAUACACAUAUUAUGGGGGGCGACGGACACGGUCAUGGACAUGGUCAUGGACCCCCAUAUACAGUACCCGAUUACAGGAUAUAUAAGGUUAAAGAUGUGCCCGAACUGUUGGCUACUGAAAGAGCCUUAUCUGCCCAUGGUUUAAAAGAUCCCUGGCUUCGCAAUGAAGUUUGGAGAUACAAUCCCAAGGAAUUUGGGACCCAUAGCUCUAGAUUAAAUACGCUGGUUUUUAGAGGAUUCAAACUUGGAUUUGGAGCUUUUGUGGCCACAGUUAUCGGAACAGCUAUUUACGAUAAAAUGAAUCCUAGUGAUCAUGGCCAUGGACAUGGGCAUCAUUAAAUGUGUGUAUGUUGUGAACGUAGGAUUUUUAUAAAUAGGAAUAUAUAAUAUAACAAAA